UCGUCACCAUCAUCAUGGGUUUUUUAAGUUUCAAACACCCCACGAGAGAAUAAAAACCAGAAACAGAGGAAUGGGAGCCCCAUAAACCUCUCUCUCUCUCUCUCUCUCUAUAACCAAAUCACAAAGGCAUAAAUUUCACACCUUCAUUUAAAGCCGGCCCAAAAAACAACACAUGAGAUUGUUUCAAGGUGACAGAAAAGUGUGAGGAGAGAGUCGAUCUCUGCCUCAAACGUAUCUGACAUUGAUUUAGUCCUCUCCUCCACGCAAUAAACCCCACAUGUUGAAUUUGGUUAGGAUUUGAGUUUAAGAUGCAGUCAAGGGUGGGGGGAUUGGAGGAAGGCAAGGACCCUGGUGCUAGUUUAUUGAAAACCAGGGCCUUGCCUUUGAGGCUGAUUCAGUUCCUGUUGAUGUUUGUGGUUCUGGGUCUCGGAGUUUCGAUUUUGAGUAUGCAUACAAUCCGGUAUUUUGGAGUACAACAUAUGGCUCCAACAGAGCCAUCUACAAUGAGGUCAUGUUUCGCGGAGCCAAACACAUUAGAGAGCUGGAUUAGACCUCCAUCAAGUCUGUUGCAUUCCAUGAAUGACACUGAGUUGCUGUGGCUGGCCUCAUUUGCUCCUCAAGUGAAGGAGUAUCCUUUUAAAAGAGUUCCCAAGAUUGCUUUUAUGUUCUUGACCAAGGGACCUCUGCCGAUGGAGCCUCUCUGGGAGCGGUUUUUCAGAGGCCACGAGGGGCUUUAUUCUAUCUAUGUCCACUCAUUGCCGUCUUAUACUCCCAACUUCUUGGCUACAUCAGUGUUUUACAAGAGACAAAUCCCAAGCAAGCUUGCAGAGUGGGGAGAGAUGAAUAUGUGUGAAGCUGAGAGAAGACUUCUAGCUAAUGCAUUGCUUGACAUCUCAAAUGAAUGGUUUGUCCUCCUUUCCGAGUCAUGUAUUCCUCUGAGCAACCUCAGCAUCAUCUAUCAUUACUUAUCGAGAUCAAGGUAUAGCUUUAUGGGUUCAUUUGACGAAAUUGGACCUUAUGGGAGAGGCCGCUAUAGUGAACACAUGGCCCCUUUGGUCAAUCUCAGUAAUUGGCGUAAAGGGUCCCAGUGGUUUGAGAUUAAUCGGGAACUUGCGCAUUAUAUUGUUCAAGAUGUUACUUACUACCCUAUAUUUAGAGACUUCUGCAAACCUGCAUGUUAUGUAGAUGAGCACUACUUUCAGACGAUGCUUACCAUUGAGCGUCCACAUCUUUUGGCAAAUAGGACACUUACUUAUGUUGACUGGUCAAGAGGUGGUGCUCAUCCAGCUACAUUUGGUAAAGGUGACAUUACAGAAGAGUUCUUUAAGAAGAUUACUACCAGUGAACAAUGUCUCUACAACGACCAGCCGACCUCGCUGUGUUUCCUUUUUGCUAGAAAGUUUGCUCCAAGUGCUUUGGAGCCUCUGUUAGAAGUAGCAUCAAAAGUAUUUGGAUAUUGACAUAAAGAUUGGCUUAUUGUUUCCUAAUGGUGUUUACAGAGAAUUGCAGAUGGGAGCGUGUUUGUAGUUUUGAGUUAACAACGGACUUGUCUGCUGAGAUUGGUACCUUUCAACCCAAAUUUAAUAGGAUUUUUGAGACCUCAAUGUCAAAGCAUAUUGUAUGUAUAGAAAAAUAGGACAAGGGAUUAGCAUCCUAGAAAAAAUUUCCGCAACAAUAAUGAUUAUAUGUAGAUGGUUGGGAUCCUGAUUGAAUGAAGCGUUGUUGAGUCAUUUAUCUAAUAAAUCUGCUGACCUCCUA